CGUCCCAUCACCCAACAGGUAUUUAUUCUUCAGAGGAUUGACGUAGACCGUCCCAUCGAUCGGUCAACCCAAGUCUAUUGAUCAAUCGUUCCUUCAAAUCACACUAGAUACAACAUUGAAUUAGCUUCUUAACAAGGAGACAGGAGAUGAAAAAGAAAAAGUGCAGGACCCCCAUCGGGUUCGACAGAAACCGGAGCUCGGCCAGUACCGCCAUCAUGGGCAACACCGGAAAAAUGAUGCGCGCCAAGGUGUACAGUCCACACCCGAAGCCUCCAAUGAUCGAACCACCCCCGCCGCAACAAGACUCCCGGGAAGAAUUGGAAGCUGCGGCAACCGUCGGCAAGAAGGGCAGCAGCAGUAGCCACAACAGAACGACCGAAAGUCAAACCGGCGCCAGCAUCCUCGAGCAACUCACCAUCAUGGAAUCCUCCACCUCCUCUCUCCGAAAGAAAAAAGGAGGCAACCACCGUAGUCGCCGAAAAAGCUUGAACGGGCCCACGGAACCCCCGCCUGAGGAACUCGUAGUCCGUCACGGCAUGCAGGAAUGCAUCUCCAUGAUCCCGGAACCCAGCCAAGACCAGGCGUCCCCGAGCAAAGGCAACAACAUUCGAGACAACGGAAGAGACGGUUCGAACAACGGGGCCAACCCCUUGUUCAACUUUGAUCUGGUCCCGACCAUGAYCAAAGACACGACGUGGAACCAGAGAGAGAUCCCGAACAACGUCGYCGACGACGACAACGGUACGAUAGGCGCAACCUUCAACCCCGGCCCGGGCCCCUUUGCGGGUGACGACGGAUCGAAGCGUUCGUCCACCUCCCGCUCGAUCCACAAAGCCACCAAAACGACCGAACAACCAACACAGCACUCAAAGCACGGCCGCAGCGACGCUUCGGGUAAGAAGAAGAAGGAUCGCUCCGUCCACGAGCGCUCCACCCACGACUUUACGAAACAACACAAAAGCACCAUCCACCACGGGAGGAAAGAGCGUUCCACCCACGGCCACGACUUCACCAAACAGAACAGCAAACACAACACCCUGAAGAAAAACAAGAGCAUCAAUUCGGACACGCUCGCAGCACUGUCCAAGCUCGAGAUCACCGGGACGGAGAGCACCGCCUUUUCGUCGGAUUGCACGUCCUACGAUACGAACGACUCGGUGAGCUUGGCCAACAGCAGCAGCCACAAGCUGCACCAAAAGGCCUCGUAUUGCAUGGUGUUCGAGAGCAUCCUAUCGGUUUUUGAAAAAUGAAUCAAUAGAUAGCAAAAACGAAG